GCUUUUCAAGUUUAAAUAUCUUCCAUCGAGUAGUAUUCUCGUUGCUACUUCCUUCCUCCAAAAUCUCAAGAUCAAAACUCGCAUUUCUUUCGAUCAGAAAUUGCGAGAAGGUUACAUCGAAAUCAACUGCUGUUCGGAGAGUGUUGAUAAACACAAGUUUCAAAGAUGACAAUUACUCCAAAGAUCUCCAUUGAUGAUGGCAAUCUUGUGGUCCAUGGGAAAACUAUCCUUAAAGGAGUACCCGAAAACAUCGUGUUGACUCCCGGAACAGGCUCAGGACUUGUGACUGGUGCAUUCAUUGGUGCAUCAUCAACAAGUAGAAAAAGUCUUCAUGUCUUCCCUGUCGGAAUCUUAGAGGAUCUCCGAUUCAUGUGUUGUUUUCGGUUCAAGCUAUGGUGGAUGACACAGAGAAUGGGAACAUGUGGGAAAGACAUUCCUCUAGAGACUCAAUUCAUGCUUGUGGAGAGCAAAGAUAGCAAUGAUAAUAGUCCGGUGAUCUAUACCGUAUUCCUUCCUCUUCUUGAAGGCCAGUUUCGGGCUGUUCUUCAGGGAAAUGACAAGAAUGAAUUAGAGAUUUGCCUUGAGAGUGGGGAUCAUGCAGUUGAAACCAACCAAGGGCUCAAUCUUGUCUACAUGCAUGCCGGAACAAACCCCUUUGAGGUCAUCACACAGGCUGUAAAGGCUGUUGAGGACCAUAUGCAAACAUUUCAUCACCGAGAAAAGAAAAAGUUACCGGGAUUACUCGAUUGGUUUGGCUGGUGCACGUGGGAUGCUUUCUACACCGACGUCACUGCAGAGGGCGUUGAAGAAGGGCUCAAGAGUUUAUCGUCAGGAGGGACCCCACCUCGCUUCCUCAUUAUAGAUGAUGGUUGGCAAGAAAUUGGUAACGAGAACAAGGACCCCAAUGUUGUUGUGCAAGAAGGAGCACAGUUUGCAAACAGAUUAACUGGAAUCAAAGAAAACCAGAAAUUCCAAAAGAAAAAGGACGAUCAUGCCCCGGGCUUGAAACAUGUUGUAGAUGAAGCUAAGGAACAACAUAAAGUCAAGUAUGUAUAUGUUUGGCAUGCUCUAGCCGGAUACUGGGGUGGUGUAAACCCAACAGUAGCCGGUAUGGAACCUUACGACCCGGCACUAGCCUACCCGGUUCAAUCACCAGGCAUAAAAGGGAACCAACCCGACAUAGUCAUCGACAGCCUAUCCGUCCACGGUCUGGGCCUAGUUCACCCAAGAAAAGUUUACAACUUCUACAACGAACUCCAUGCAUAUCUUGCGUCAUGUGGAGUUGAUGGAGUCAAAGUUGAUGUUCAAAAUAUUAUAGAAACACUUGGGGUGGGCCAUGGUGGCCGGGUUGCUUUGACCCGAAGCUAUAUUCAGGCUCUAGAAGCUUCUAUUGCUAAGAAUUUUAAGGAUAAUGGGUGCAUUGCUUGUAUGUGUCAUAAUACUGAUGGGCUUUAUAGUGCUAAACAAACUGCGAUUAUUCGGGCUUCUGAUGAUUUCUACCCUCAUGACCCGGCUUCUCACACUAUUCAUAUUUCUUCGGUGGCUUAUAAUACUUUGUUUCUUGGGGAGUUUAUGCAGCCAGAUUGGGAUAUGUUCCAUAGUCUUCAUCCAGCCGCAGAUUAUCACGCUGCUGCGCGAUCUAUCGGUGGAUGUGCGAUCUACGUCAGCGACAAACCCGGCAACCACAACUUUGACCUGUUAAAGAAGUUAGUUCUCCCAGACGGGUCAGUGCUUCGGGCCCAAUUGCCCGGAAGGCCCACACUUGAUUGCCUCUUUGUUGACCCAGCUAGAGAUGGAGUCAGCUUGCUUAAGAUUUGGAAUGUGAAUAAGUGCACUGGUGUGGUGGGUGUGUUUAACUGCCAAGGGGCUGGUUGGUGUAAAAUCGAAAAGAAAACCCGAAUCCAUGAUGCUUCUCCUGGUAUUCUUACGGGUUCCGUGCAAUCCACUGAUGUCGACGCGCUAACUAAAGUAGCGGGCCCGGAUUGGAAUGGUGAAACAGUUGUGUAUUGUCAAAGAUCAGGGGAGGUAAUUCGGUUACCCAAAGGCGUGUCGUUGCCCGUAACACUCAAGGUUCUAGAGUAUGAACUAUUCCACUUUUGUCCUCUAAAGGAUGUAACAGAAAACAUAUCGGUUGCACCAAUAGGAUUGCUCGAUAUGUUCAACAGCAGUGGUGCGAUUGAACAUUUCGAGGUCAACUUAGCUUCAAACUCUGAAGUCAACAUUGACCAGUCAACUGAUGUGCCCGUAACUGCAACUGUGACACUAAAAGUCCGGGGAUGUGGGAGAUUCGGAGCUUAUUCGUCCCAAUGCCCUCUUAAGUGCACUAUUGAUGGCGUUGAUACCGAGUUUAAUUACGAUGGUCCAAGUGGAUUAGUGACUCUUACGGUUCCGGUUGCUCAAGAGGAGAUGUAUAAGUGGUGUAUUGAGAUCAUAGUGUAGAUCAGUGAGUUGACUAGUGUAUGAACGAGUCAACGAAAUUAGAUGUGUUGGUUGGGUUAUAGUAGGGUGGUUUGGUGGUGUGUGUUUUAAGUGAUAAUAAUGUAUGUAUGAUGGAUGUCAUUCUUUGUAAUAAAUGAGUUACUAGUUUCUUGUU